AAACAGAGGACCAAAUCCAGCAUCCGAUCACUGCUUAUCCUCUCCGACAGACACGCUAGGCGCUGCCACAGCUCUGCCGAUGCAUUGGCCGUCGACGCCACUAGUACACCGUUGAACGGCAUCUUCUCUAGUGCUUAAAAUAAAGAAACUCAGGAUAACAAAACUCAAUACAAGAGUUGGAGCAAAGGAGCAAAAGCGUCGACAAUGGAGGUGGCGCUACACCCACUGAGACUGAAGCAGCUGCUCCACCUAGCCGCUGCUUCCAAACCCCACUUUCUCUUUGGAAAUAUUCGACCCCUUUUCAUCGUUCGCUGCUCCUCUUCUUCUUCUUCUUCCGCCGCCGGAACAGCGGUCGUCGCGGGCGGUCGCAACCGCAGGCCCCCCUCGUCCGCAACUUCCACGUCCGAUAGAGAGGCCGUUCGCGCCAUCCGUAUAAAAAAGGUCCAAGAGCUAAGGAGCAAGGGCUUAGAUCCAUAUGCUUAUAAGUGGGAACGUACUCAUACAGCAGAUCAGCUUCAAGAAAUUUAUAGGAAUUUAGGCAAUGGUGAAGAGUUGACCACUGAGAGUGACCGUGUGUCUAUCGCUGGAAGGAUUGUGGCUCGCAGAGCUUUUGGGAAGCUCGCGUUUUUGACUUUGAGGGAUGACUCAGGGACAAUCCAGCUUUACUGUGAGAAGGAAAAGCUACUAAGUGAUCAAUUUGAACAUUUGAAGACACUGGUUGAUAUAGGUGAUAUACUGGGGGCAAGUGGCUCAAUUAAGCGCACAGAAAAAGGGGAAUUAUCUGUUUGUGUGACUUCAUUCUCAAUCCUUACAAAAUCUUUGCUUCCUUUGCCUGAUAAAUAUCAUGGCCUGACAGACAUAGAUAAGCGCUAUCGGCAAAGGUAUGUAGAUAUGAUUGCAAACCCUGAGGUGGCCGACACAUUUAGGAAAAGAGCCAAGAUUAUAUCAGAAAUAAGGAAGACAGUAGAAUCUGCCGGUUUUGUUGAAGUUGAAACUCCAGUUCUUCAGGGAGCAGCUGGUGGGGCUGAAGCUAGGCCAUUUAUUACAUACCACAACUCUCUUGGGCAAGAUCUUUAUCUGCGCAUUGCAACUGAGCUCCACUUGAAGAGAAUGCUGGUUGGUGGAUUUGAAAAAGUAUACGAGAUAGGCAGGAUAUUCAGGAAUGAAGGUCUUUCAACUCGUCAUAAUCCUGAAUUCACCACCAUUGAGAUGUAUGAAGCAUACUCAGACUACGAAAGCAUGAUGAAUAUGACAGAAGAGAUUAUAACACGUUGUGCUCUUACAGUUAAUGGGAAACUUACCCUUGAUUAUCAGGGUGUAGAGAUAUCCUUAGAAAGACCAUGGAGGAGGGAGACAAUGCACAAUCUUGUGAAAGAAGCAACAGGGAUUGAUUUCACCAAGUUUGGUGACGAUCUUACUGCUGCCAAAGAAGUUGUUUUGCAAACCCUAGAUAUUGGUCGUGAUAACCAAAACAAAAGUUCAAUUGAAGCAUGCCCAUCUGUUGGUCAUUUGCUCAAUGAGGUAUUUGAAUUAGCAGUAGAAUCACAGUUAUUGCAACCCACUUUUGUCUUGGACUACCCACUUGAAGUAUCUCCACUAGCCAAGCCGCAUAGAAGACAUGCAGGCUUGACUGAGAGAUUUGAGCUCUUCGUAUGUGGUCGCGAGAUGGCAAAUGCUUUCUCUGAAUUAACCGAUCCUUUGGACCAGAGACAACGUCUGGAAGAGCAAGUGAGGCAGCAUAAAAAGAAGAACGCAGCUUUGGUUUCAGAAGCAUCUGAUACAGACAACAAAGACAAGGACGCGGAUGAUGGUGCAUAUGAGGUGACUCUUGAUGAAGACUUUUUAACGGCUCUGGAGUACGGGAUGCCUCCUGCUUCUGGACUGGGGCUUGGCAUCGACAGGCUUGUAAUGCUGUUAACAAACUCGGCCAGUAUACGUGACGUUAUUGCAUUCCCUGUCCUCAAGACUCAGCAAUAGCAGUAGGAUUUUCAGAGUACACGGCUUUUUGUUGCAUUGAUGCAGAACUCUCACCAUUGCCGUAAUUUUCCUAGACAGAGUAUUUACUAUUCCUUGAGCGGUUUGGCCUGCCUAUUAUGCUCGUUGCUUCACAGUCGAUGCGCCUGAGAAAAUCUUGAUUUAGGCAGAAAAUGUUGACCUGAUUCUUUUUAAUGUGUAUUUAUGAUGAAGGGCGGACCUGCAUAUACACUAUUUUAGGAACCUAGUGAAUUCCCUUACUGAUAUGGAUGACCAUCUUUUAUUGAGAAUAACUACUCUGGUUGAAUUGGCUUUGCUGUACUGAUUUUAGGUACGGGCGAAAGAAAAAUUCUUAUUUGAACCAGGUUUGUAUUGUGCUGGACAAGUUGGUUAUUUGGAUUCAA